AUGGUCUGGUCCUGCGAUUCGUGCACGCUCGACAACGCAGAUGACCGACGCUCAUGCGAGGCGUGCGAGGCUGCGCGGCCGCUCCCGCCCUGGUCCUGCGCUUCAUGCACGUUCGAGAACCGAGGGCUCGACGAGGAGUGCGAGGUCUGCCACACGGCAAAGCCGGCCCCGACGUGGACGUGUGCGGCGUGCACCCUCCAAAACGGAGACGCGUUGACCGCCUGCGACGCCUGCGGGGCAGCCCGACCUGGCGCCUCGCCGCCGCCCGCCAACUCGACAGUCGAGUACGACGUGGUGGUCCCGGAUGUCGACCCCAACGCCAGCGCGGCUCUGCACCAUCCGCCGCCGCAGACUCCACCGCCGCCGCCGCCGCCGCUGCCGCCGCCGCCCGCCGCGUUGCCGGCCGUCCGACCUCCCGCCGCCUCGCCUCCGCCGACGCCGCCGGACCCUCUCGCCGCCCUGCUGUCGACUCUCUCGCUCGAGAAGUGGCUGCCGACGCUCAAGGCCCUCUCCCUCCUCUCGCUCGACGACCUCGACGACCUCGGCCUCAGCCUCGGCGGGCGGCGCAAGCUGCACGCAGCGCUGCACGGGCAGUCCGUCGGCGCCUCUCCUCGGAGCGCGCGCAGCAGCGGCAAGCGCGAGGACUCGCUCAACGAGCUGCUUCUGCCGCGCACCUCCGCCGGCCCCGCCGCGCGCUCCUCCCGGCCCGGGCUGCUCGCCCGCCGCGCAAACAAGAAGAACGCGAGCCGGCUCAGCGGCGAGGACGAGUACGACUCGCCGUGA